AUGGCAUCAAGUGCUACGAAUUUCGCUCAGCGAUACUUGAGCUUGAUUAGAAGAAGAAAAAUGUGCUUGCUUUACGCGGACGAAUUCGUGACUUUAAAUGACUACAAUCUCACCAUUCGAAAUUUUCAUUUCCCUUCGAAGAGAGAUCGGAAAAUUCAGCUCGAGAACAUCACGAUUGUCUAUUUUGAGGAUCAAGAAACAUGCAAAUAUAGUACGACGAGUACUUGGGGAAAAGCGACAUCACCAAUUUUUUGGGCUCUCGAUAUGAAAAGAGAGCUCCAUUGUCUUCCCGGUGUUCGCUCAAAGCGAUCAAAUGUUGUGUUGGAUAUCGGUCAAGAACUGAAGAUUGGUUUUACCGUUGAAGAUAUCGAUGCUUUCAUGGAAUCGAUGAGGAAUUGUCUUGAUUAUCAUGUGAUCAUUGUGAAUUCGAUUAAUUUG